AAAUUAUGAUAAAUAUUGGAAUAGGACAGAUUAAGAAUAACAGAGAAAAGUUACGAAGAUGAGAGAGAGAGAGAGAGAGAGAGAGAGAGAGAGACAGAGAGAGAUAAAGGAAGGGAAAGAAAAUAAGAAAAGAAAAGAGAGAGAAUGAAAGAAAAGAAUAUAUAAUGAAAACAGAGAGAGAGAGAGAGAGAGAGAGAGAGAGAGAGAGAGUAAACAAAGGAAAAUGUGAGCGAAAAAGAAGAAAAUAAAGAAAAUAAUUUGACAGUUUAAACGAAAAAUGAGGAAUAAAGAAAAACUAUGAUAAAACGAACAUUAAAGAAAGAAAAAAGAAAAUAGAAAGAACUUAAAAAAGACAAAUAUGAAGAUGAAGUUAUGAAAAUGUUAAGAUAAAUGAUAAGAAAAAGAAAAACAAGAAAAUGAAAUCAUGAAAGUUUACGGAAGACAAUAAGAAAAUAAUGAUUGCUUAGAAAGAAAAUCAAGUAAACAAGAAAAUAAAACAAUGAAAGUGUACAAAGAAAAGACGAAAAACAGUAAAACAAUUUGAAAACGAAAUAACGAAAGUGCAUAAAAAAAUAAUGUGUAAAUAAAGAAAAAAACAAGGUAUAAAAGUGUAAAUAAAGAAAAAAAACAAGCUAUUAAAGUGUAAACAAAGAAAAAAAACAAGAAAAUUAAAUAAAGAAAAAAAAACAAGAAAAUUAAAUAAAGAAAAAAACAAUAUAACUAAACAAAGAAAAAAAACAAGAAAAUUAAAUAAAGAAAAAACAAGCUAUAAAAGUGUAAACAAAGAAAAAAAACAAGAAAAUUAAAUAAAGAAAAAAAAACAAGAAAAUUAAAUAAAGAAAAAAACAAUAUAACUAAACAAAGAAAAAAACAAGCUCUAAAAGUGUAAACAAAGAAAAAAACAAGCUAUGAAAGUGUAAAUAAAGAAAAAAAACAAGAAAAUGAAAUAAAGAAAAAAACAAGAAAAUUAAAUAAAGAAAAAAACAAGAAAAUUAAAUAAAGAAAAAAAACAAGUUAUAAAAGUGUAAAUAAAGAAACAAAAAAAACAAGAAAAUGAAAUAAAGAAAAAAAACAAGAAAAUUAAAUAAAGAAAAAAUAAACAAGAAAAUUAAAUAAAGAAAAAAAACAAGCUAUAAAAGUGUAAACAAAGAAAAAAACAAGAAAAUGAAAUAAAGAAAAUGAACAAAGGAUAAAACAAAAAAAAAUAAAUAAACGAGAAUGAAAAACGAAGCGAUGAAACUGGAAAAAGAAAACAACACCACAAAAACAAAUCCAAUAAGAAAAUUUAAUAAAGAAAAUCCGUAAAGAAAAAAAAAUGAUAAGAAACAAGACAGUAAGGAAAUUAAAGAAAACAUGACCAGGCAAAUGUAGAAAAAGAUUAAAAGAAAACAAGAAAAUGAAAAAAGUGAAAAUGUCCAAAGAAAACAAAACAAAGAAAAACAAGAAUAUGACAUUUUUUUUACAGAUAACGAAAAAUGGGUUUGUGAAAGCGUAAAAAAAAGAAAAAUUAAAGAAAAUGAAAAAGAUGAGAGCGUAGAAAGAAAAAAAACAAGACAAAAACAACAACAAAAACAAUAACAUGACAUUCACCCUCUCCACCUCCCUCACCUCCUCCUCCUCCUCCUCCUCCUCCUCUCACGCUCUUCUUCUCCUCCCAAGAUGCAACUGUAGACUCCGACGCAAACAACGACUCUUAGCAAUCCUCAGUCUCUCCACCGCCUUAUCCCUCUUCCUCCUCAUCCUCCACGCCUCCUCCUCCACCUCCACCUCUUCCACCUCCUCCUCUUCCUCUCCCUACCUCCAGGACCUCGAUGGGGGAAGGGAGUUGCCAGAAAGGACGCAUUAUGUGAAAAAUUCCAUUGGUUUUGUUAGUAAGGACAAACUCGUGAGGGGCAAAUUGGUCACCCCAGCGAGUUAUGGUUUGGAAGGACGUGGAGGAAAGGGAGAAGGAGGAGGAGGGAAGGGAGAGGAAGGGAGGGUAAGUGGAGGAAGGGAGAAGGAAGCAUAUCAGAGGGAGAAGGGAGGAUAUCAGAGCACGAGAGAGAAGGGAGAGGAGGAAUUUCGAGGAGAUAAGUUGGAGGGAGAUUAUCAAAGUGAGGGAAGGGAGAAGGAAGGGAGAAUAAGCUUGGAGGAAAGAUUAAGACUGGAGAGAAAGAAGAAAGAGGAGGAAGAAGAAGAAGAAGAAGAAAAGAUUAUAUUUGAGGAAGUUAAUAAAGAAAAGGAAGAAAGAAAAAACGAGAUAAAGAAAAACGAAGAAGAAGAAAAAGAGAAGACAAGGAAGAAAACAAAGACAGGAGGAGAAAAACAAGACAAAGAAAAGGAAAACAAAAACAAAAACGCAGAAAUAACGAAGGAGGGAGAUGAGAGAAACGACAAGAACGAAAGACGAGAGGAAGAGGAAGGAAGGAAAAGUGAAUUGAGGGAGAAAACAGAAGCAGAAAAAGGGAGAGAAACAGCGGAGGAAAGAAGAGAGGGGGAGGAAAGAAGGGAAGGGGAGGAAAAGGGGGUUACCAGACGUCUCCCCCUCGCCCCCCCACCGCCCCCGCCCCCCACCCACGCCCCCCUGCUUCUACGCCUGGACUAUUCGCGUCAGCCGUACUUCCCCUGGCGCACGACCACCGACGAGUGUGCCAAUUACGCCACCAGGUCCUUCCCCGGUUCUGGCAACACCUGGCUUCGCUACCUGACGGAGACGCUGACGGGAGUGUUCACGGGCAGCGUUUACCACGACGAGAUGCUGGCCCUUAGAGGGUUUUGGGGUGAGCGAGAAGGCUAUUGGCAAGGAACAACAUUAGUGCAGAAGACUCAUAGCUUGCCUCUGCUGUCGUCAGAGCUCAAAGAAAACGGGCGGGCUGGCGGGGGGACUCAGGCAAACAGCGAGUUCCGUUUUCUGUUGCCGGAGUCCCCAAGGCGGGUCAUUCUGCUCCUUCGCAACCCUUGGGAGUGUCUGCUGGCGCUCCGGCACUACCACGCGGCUGGGCACACUGGGUUCGGUUCCAGUGUGUAUUUCAGAGGCCAGGGCUGGGCUAACUUCACGGCGGAUAGAGCGAGGGAGUGGAUACAUAUCAACCACGCCUGGCUCACCCUCCCUGCCACGGACACAUUGGUCCUUCAUUACGAGCACCUACAGCACCGGCUCGAGCAGGAAGCAGGCAGGUUAAUGAGCUUCCUCGGCCUUCCUCUGGACCACGGCAGGCUGGAGUGUUUGCUGAGGUACCCCGAGGGACGGUUCCGGCGCCCCAAGUACCCCAAGCACCUCCAGGGGUACACGUUCCCCCGGGGGGCGCACCACUCCCUCAGGCGGGGCAUGGCGCGCGUGGCAGCCCUCCUCGCCCAGGGGGGACACCCGCCCUUCCCCCUGGGGCUGUACUCCUUCACGCCCCCCAUAGAGGAUCCACCAUAGGAUACCCCCCCCCCAGUUUAGCCCCCCAUAGGAUGCCCCCCAUAGGAUACCCCCCAUAGGAUGCCCCCCAUAGGAUACCCCCCAUAGGAUACCCCCAUAAGAUGCCCCCCAUAGGAUAC